AUGCGAGCAGCUCUGUUAGUGGCGAGGCAGCUUCAGUGCCGUGCUCUGCGGGCUUCUGCUGCUCGGCGCCUGAGCUCUGCAGCGGCUUCACUGCCUGAAGGUCUUCGUGAGAUCAGCAGCGUCCCGCGCACGCCGUCCUGGUCGCUGAAAGAGCUGCACCAGGAGGGAGCAGAGCUCAAUGCUGCGGAUACCGUGCUGACGGAGGAGAAGCUGCGUGAGCUGGCGGAGCUGUGCCACCUGCACGUGGAGGACGAGAAGCUCCCUGGACUGCUCAAAGACGUCGAGUCCAUUAUUCAGUGCACUAAGACCAUUCAGGCCAUGACUCUCAACGAGAACAUCGAUGAUGUGUACGCGAAGAGCGACUUCGACGCGGGUGUUGUGGCUCCGCUUCGGGAGGAUGUCGUCACGGAAGGAAACUGCGCGGAGCAGGUGCUGGCGAACGCUGCAGAGAAGUCUGGCUACUACUUCAAGGUGCCCAAGGUGCUGCAGGAUUAG